GCCUUGGUGUUAAUGGAUCUGAGAUGCAUGAGCAGAGUUGAUUUAUCCAGUUUCCAUAAAUGUUGUAACCCAAGGGGACGAUACAAAAGAAGAAGCCAAAAUAGAAAGAAUGACAAGCCAUUGAAUGGCGAACAGGAGCAAGGAAACAGUGAGGAUUCAAUGGGGAAACUCAAAUUCCACGGAUUUGGGUCACUUUUAGACUGCUACAAUUUCGGAUUUUCCUGUUUACAGAUAAUUUAUAUUAUGUGUUUUUUUGUUAGAUUUAUUUAGUCUAUGGAAUCUGGUUUGUGCAAAGUUGAGGUCUGAGUUGAC